GAAAGCUCUGACCUUAAUUGGAAAGCAGGAUACCGUGAUCUGAGGGUUGCAGAAACAAACGUCAGUCUUAAAGGAGACUUUUCUUUUCUUGAUGUGGUGACUUGCGAUGCUCUGCGGUGACUUGCGAUGCUCUGCGGUGACUUUGCGAUGCUCUGCGGUGACUUGCGAUGCUCUGCGGUGACUUUGCGAUGCUCUGCGGUGACUUUGCAAUGCUCUGCGGUGGCCUUGCGAUGCUCUGCGGUGACUUGAGACUAGGGUGCAGGAGGUUUGGCGCUCUUUCUCUGACUGUCUUGCCUUUGCCGUUAUGCCACUUUAAGAGUCGUCUGCAGUCUGAC